AAAAAACUCAACGCAACCAACUCACAGCGAUGCAGUGCUUAAGUUUCUAAACAUCACAACGGAUUUUCUUACACCUUUCAGCACGAAGUUUGCCACUCAAACAAUCAAAGGACUUUAAACAUUAAGUUUUCAGUUUUCCUUCAGAAUCAUCAUGCCACGAUCGUUUCUGGUGAAAAGUAAAAAAACUCAUAAUGUGCACCGACCCAUUGACAUCAAGCAAAGUGAACAGAAACUCCCGGACCAAACACACAAAACAAUCCCAGCACUGGUCCCUUUGGAACCAAAGGAAAGUAAUUCCCCAGAGCAGCCUCUGAUAGAUUCGGUCAUUCGGCCACCCCACAGAGACCCAUAUGACUUGAUCAAGUGUGAGCGAGAUCCCGACUGCCCAGUACCAUCUCUACCUGAGCUGCCUGUCACAACCAGACGCCCGUUUUACUUACCGGAGCCUCAUCUGGCAGAGUUCCCUCCCUACUACAAGAGCUCUUAUACCUGGGAUCAUGUUCCUGCAACAUAUGACUUCAGGAAGAUGGGCUUCUCUCCAUCUCUCCUGCAGCACGCCAGCAGCCUGUACGGAGCGCAUCUGAAGCAGAGAUCUGAGUCUCCACAACCACUGGACUGUAGCACACACUACUCACCCACGUCGAACACCUACCACUGCAUUACCUGUAAUAAGGUGUUUUCCACCCCUCAUGGGCUAGAGGUUCACGUCAGACGUUCUCACAGUGGCACACGUCCCUUUGGAUGCAGCAUCUGCAGAAAGAGCUUUGGGCACGCUGUUAGCUUAGAGCAACACAUGAACGUUCACUCUCAGGAAAGAAGUUUUGAGUGCAAGAUGUGCGGAAAGACCUUCAAACGCUCCUCUACACUGUCCACUCACCUGCUGAUCCACUCGGACACACGACCGUACCCCUGCCAGUACUGCGGCAAGAGAUUCCACCAGAAAUCUGACAUGAAGAAACACACUUACAUCCACACAGGUGAGAAACCUCACAAAUGCCAGGUGUGUGGCAAGGCCUUCAGCCAGAGCUCGAACCUGAUCACACACAGCCGCAAACACACUGGAUUCAAGCCGUUCGGCUGUGAGAUCUGUUCCAAAGGCUUCCAGAGGAAGGUAGAUCUCCGGAGACACCAAGAGAGCCAGCACAGCCUUAAAUAACAGAGGUUGCACAUGGCGUCUCCAAAUAAAGACCACCUAUGGCUGGAAAAAAGACUGUUGCUUCGGAGAAAUGUGUUUCUCUAAGUAGACUCUUGUUAAAGGGAUGUUUCACACAAAAUGUUUUUAGUCUAUCAUCGUUUACUCACCCUCAUAUUGUUCCAAACUUAUUUGUUAUUGUUAAAUUAAAACUUAAAUAAAAAUUUAUGUUUGCAAUUGGAAUAAAAUUAUGAAACGCUUAAAACAAACUAUAUAAAUACAUAAAUGAUGUUAAAGAUAUAUAGAAAUACAUAAAACUAAUAAAAAUGAAAAAAAAACAUCAUAAAAUUGAAAGAAAAGCUAAAAAGGGCAACUUCAAAAUAUAAAAAACUACUAUUUAAUAUGAAAUAUAAUAUAAGGUUUUGGGUUCUCAAAUGACAUUAAGUCAUUUUAAAAAUAUCAGCUUUUGUGCUUCACAGAAGAACCAAAGUCAUAGAGGUUUUGCUCAACUUGAGGUGAGUAAAUGAUUUUCAUCAAGACCUUUUAAUUGACUUCAAAAUAGAUUUCUUUAUUCAAAACCAGUAAUUCAUUGAAUAUGACACACAAAAAGGCCAGCAAAUGUCCUUUUUAACUAUUAAAUCAGGACCAUGUUUCAGGAGCCCAAGCAUUUUUUUAUUUUUAUAUCUAAACGUAUUGCUUUUUAAAUGCAGUCAAAAGAUUGUACUGUAUGUUAUUGUUUAGAUCGAACUUUUUUUGUCUUCUGUUAUUUAUAGAAACUCUUGUCUCUGAAUAAAUACUCAUGUUGGAAAUGAGUGCUUGAUUAAUAAUGCAUAAAAGUAGAUUUGUAAAUCCAGUCUUGGGAUGAAGAGAAGAGGGAGGGGUGCACAUACUGUAAAUGUGUAAAAAAAGAAAUCAGUCCUGGACAAGUAUAGUGAAAAACGAGAAGAGUCAGCAAACAAGGCUUUGCUGUGUUUGUCUUCUUGUGUCUCCGCCCUGACGAGGAUCCGGAUACACAGUUCCGUUGGUCUUGCAGAUGGUUCUGCACACUGCCAGAGGCUGUGUGAAAUCUCUGGUGUGACUGGAGAUAAAGCUUCAUUCAAAUAUGUACCUGGAACUCUACAUGCAAAUCUCCUGCCUGGCAGGUUUGUAAACUUCAUGUCGUGGCUGAAUGAAUGGACAUUGUAAAAGAAAGGCAAUGCAACCAAAUGAAGAAAUGUAUUCUUAUGAACGCAAUGAUUCCUGUGAUUAAACUUUGACCAACUGGGACUCCUUAGUCUUAGUUGUGCAAACAUUUUGACUAAGAAAACUCAGAGAUUUACUGACGUCUGCCUCUCAGGUCACUCCCAUCAGUGGAGUUCAAGCUGCUUUGCCAAACAAAUUCCUACCGACACAGCUUUGGGCACACCGCCCCUCUCACACAAAACAGACAGUUAGGAAAAUCCAAUCAGUCUACACUGUACUGUAUCAUAA